AUGUUCUUCCAACUCAUACCAGCUAAAGAUAAAAUUACUUUUACGAACAAAGAAGGUAAUAAGGAAACUGGCACUAAAAUCAGGUUCAGAAAUGGUUUCUGUCACAACGUUUUAACAUCGGUCGAUAUUCAAGAAAUAGUUAAAGCCGGUGGACGAAUUAUUAGAAUAUUAGAUGGUAUAGUAUACGAAGAAAAUUUUAAAACUCCACCCUAUAGAGAUUAUAUUUUAAUUUUGAGAGAUUUAAGAAAUAUAUAUAAACGAGAAGGUAAUAUCUUAAAUGAAGAAGAAAAAGAAUUUGACUGUUCACCUCCUAAAUCUACACGACGAACACCUAGUCAUUUGGGGUCAUUCGUAUUAUCUCACAGUAAAAAAAUAAUUGGUGGAUUUUAUAAGCCGGAAAUAUACUAUACAGAUAAUGAUAGUUUAUACAUUUCGUCUAGCAAUUGGGAUAAAUUAAAUGAAGCUGGGUUGGUGUCCGAAAAUGAUUAUUGUAAAGGAAAGAAUGAUUACGGUGAUGGUGGAAUUAUAUCUGGUUUAUAUUUAGCGCCAAAAGUUAAAUAUAAUAUUUUAACUUCCAGUGGUGUUUUAAAAGAAAACAAAACGUUUAAGGGUUACUCCAAUGAUAAGAUAGCCGUAGAAGAUUAUAUUCGAUUAGCUAGUGGACAUGAUGUGACGAAUGAAUUUAAGAAACCACGGGAAAAAAGUUUCACCAAUGGAGUAGUUAUUCCAAAGGAUGAUGAUAAACAAAAGAAAGUUUUUAGAAGUUAUUUGAAUAAUGUUAAAAGAAAACCACCAAACAGUGAAGGAAUUAUGUAUCCUUACAACAACAAAGAUGACUUGAGUUUGGAUGAAAACUAUGAAUUUGAUGAUUUCGAUUAUCUAACUAUUCAAGAAGAGAAUGAAGAGUGUUAA